AUGUCAAAGUACCCCCAAACCCAGGAAUUGCCUCCGCUAGGUGCUCUUUGCCUUGAUUACACCGACGAUAUCCACCGGCCGCCGGGAGACCCAUUGAACCCAGAGUCGUUUGUUUUCCCAUUGGUUCACGAAAGAGUGAACAAUGCUACUGUGCGCAAUAUUGUGUUUUCUGGGGUGUUGGACGAAACCUUAAUUGACAACUUUGUUGAUGCUUGCAACAAACUAGAAGCGAAAGGUGCAAUUGGCGUUAUUACGUCCUGUGGAUUUCUCGCCCAGAUUCAGGACCGUUUAGCAUCCAAGAUCAAUAUCCCGCUAGCAUCGAGCAGCCUUUUACAAAUCCCUUCAGUAUUGGCAUUUUUACCUCCAAAUAAGAAAGUAGCCGUGCUCACUUUUGACGAAAAAGAAUUAGGAAAAUCCCACUUUGAUGGUGUAGGUCUCUCGGAAGCGAUGCAGAAGAGAAUUGUUGUCCAUGGCGCCAAAGAUGGGGGCGAAUUGAAGAAUAUUAUCAUUGAAGGUGGCCAGUAUGUCAUUGAAAGGUUUGAAGCGGAAAUGAUAGAAUUGGCAAAAAAGGCAGUUUCACAAGACAGUUCCAUAGGUGCUUUUGUUUUUGAAUGCACUCAGAUGCCUCCUACCUCGAAAGCUGUUCAGAAAGCAUUGGGGUUGCCGGUUUAUGAUGUUGUUACUAUGAUAGACUGGUUUUACAGCGGAUUGGUUUGCCGUACUUUUCCGGAGGAUUCAAAGAAGAAAGACGGGUUGAGAAUCAGGAAACGAAGUGCCAAGGAAAAGGACAGUUGA